CUUCGUGCUUUAUUUUCGUCGUCGUUGAGUGUUGACAACUCGCAGGAAGUCCGCCGCUCCUUCGUCUUUUCUUCUGCUUUUAACCUAAAAAAUAAAGACUGCAGCUUCUGUGGACCGACAGCAGAUGAGAGGAAUGGACGAAUAUCAUAACGGCAACGAGGGCUCGUUCAGCUCUGAAGAAGCUGACAGUGUUGUGAAAGAGUGCAUCGAGAGCGUCGUAGGCGGUGACGACUACAGCCAGAGUCAGGUGAACAAAUGGACGGCCAGCAUCGUGGAGCGCUGCCUCACGCAGCUCAUCAAACAGGGGAAACCAUACAAGUACAUCGUGACGUGUGCUGUGAUGCAGAAAACAGGAGCGGGCCUCCACACAGCGAACUCCUGCUACUGGGACACUGCCGUGGACGGAAGCUGCACGGUGAGAUGGGAGAACCGCACCAUGUACUGUGUGGUCAGCGUGUUUGCUGUGGCGAUUGCAUAGGACACACACACACACACACACACACACACACCUGCAGAUACAUGACCACCACUCCCAGCAGAGGAGGCGUGCAGUGUGUUCCUCUGAACAGCAGGGGGCCACCAAGCGCCACAGUCCACUUCCAUCGAGCUGUGCACACCUGGAAGCUUCACCUCUGAGGACAAGCUGCAGAAAAGGAAGCAGCUGUAUUUUCUUGUUUCCAGCCUUCAGAUGCAUGUAAACAUCAUCAUCUUCAUGUAUUUAUCUUCUCACGUCACUGUCGUGCUUUAACACGGCUGUAUUCAUCACUCACUGACGCCUGACAGCAUGCAGCAGCUGCAGAUUCUUCUUCUGUGGUUUUUUUUUUCUGAUCUUUAUGUGUAUCAUGUCAACGAGAGACAGGAUUUUUGUACUCGGAGUUGUUUGCUGCUGGAAAAUAAACGUGAAGAGAUUUACGAACAAACAGCAGAUUCUGGCCAUUUCUCUUCAGAGAGUAAAGACGGAAAGAAGAAAAUACGCUUCGCUGUAACCAGCUGCAACACGAAAGUGACGCUUCAGUUAUUAUGAUGUGCACAGCGAGCACUGCAGACGGAGCUCAUCAGAAAGUGUGUCAGUGUGAAGAAGAGAUGUAUUGUGGGAAAACAAUAAA